GGGCCCAAGUCACAGAAGAAAAUGCAGGGCUUAUACCAGGCUGCUGGCCAGAUUCUCAUCACUCUGGGGGCUCUCAGUGUACUCUCUGGAGUUAUUGCUUUCUUCCCAGUCUUUUCCUACAAGCCUUGGUUCACAGGAUGGAGUGUCUGGAUUGCCUGCCCCAUCUGGGAUGGAGCCUUGGCUAUCACAACUGGUGUACUACUGCUGUUGGCUCACAAAGAGUGGACCCAGAGAUAUCUGUGGAAAGCUGGUUUCACCUUUGUGAUUCUGAGCAUUAUGGGAUGUGCCCUUCAUUUUGCAGUGGCCUUGGAAUCUGCUCUCCUUGGCCCAUAUUGCUUCUACUCAUUUUUGGGGAUUGCAAGGACCAAUUACCUUGGUUAUGCAGUUGCCUUUCCUUUUCCGUAUGCAAAAUUCCCAUCAGUUUGUGUAGACCCACCACACUAUGAAGAGUACCAUCUGACACUUCAAGCCUUCGAUUUGUGCCUGAGCUCUGCCAUGCUCUGUGUGUCCCUGACUGUGUUCUUCACGCUUUCUGCAAGACUUCUCUGGAAUGGACACAUAAAUGGUCAAAAGAAUGGACAAUAAAUUUGAAGCAAUGUUUCCUCUUAAAGUUGUCAUAUUUGUGACCAUUAUUUUGAAACAUUUAUAAAAUAAUUGUGAUCUUUAAAAU